UUGGCCCUUGAAGAAGUAAUUUUCAUGCUCUACAGGCUUACGACAGUUUUGAUGUCCGUUCCAUGUUAUGGAGAAAUCAAAGACAAAACCAGCUUCUAACUCUCUGAUGUUUUCAUCAUUAUUUCUCUCCGUUGUUUGCUUAGCGGGACUGAUUCACGUCGAGAUCGAGCUUCACGCUCACCGACAAAUGCUUCAAGUCAUGAAUCAACCAAAUGAAGAGAAACUUGCGCUGAAGAACGCAGCAUAUGUCGAAAGGACAAAUGAGAGGAAUAUGUUACACCCUAACUCAUACAAAGAACCAAAAAUCAUGCGUCACAAAAGGUACGUAAAAAUCACAGAAAGGAGUUCGAACGCCAGUGGCACUAUCGAUCGUGAAGCGAUCAGAAAGGAAGUACGACUUGCUAUCAACAACCAAGCCUGCAGCGUCCACUGCCCCAAGAGCAUUAGGGGAAGACGUGGCAGACCUGGUCAAAGAGGCCCACCCGGCCAUCCAGGUAAGCAUGGACCACCCGGGCCGGAGGGAUUAAUGGGACCGAAAGGAAAUCAGGGCCUCCAGGGAAUUCAGGGACCUCCCGGACCAAUGGGCCCUCCUGGAGCUAAGGGUGAGCCUGGUAAAUCUAUCUCAGCUCCCUCUAUUGUGACACCUCGUAAGUCCACAGUUGUAAACGAAACUGGUACAGCCUCGUUUCAAUGUGAGGUUGAAGGAAACCCACAGCCUAAAGUCACAUGGCUGAAGGAUAACUCCAGUCUUCCCGUGAACAAACGAAUUAUUCCGUCAGAUGCAGGUCUUCUGAUAAAUGACGUAACGUCAAAUGAUGGUGGAAUGUACACCUGUGUAGCAAAAAAUAUUCUUGGAAGGAUGAAGUCAUUGGCUGAGCUGUCUGUUCAAGGACUGAUUCACGUCGAAAUCGAGCUUCACGCUCAUCGACAAAUGCUUCCAGUCUUGAAUCAACCAAAUGAAGAGAAACUUACGCUGGAGAACGCAGCAUAUGACGAAAGGACAAAUGAGAGGAAUAUAUUACACCCUAACUCAUACAAAGAACCAAAAAUUCGUCACAAAAGGUACGUAAAAAUCACAGAAAGGAGUUCGAACGCCAGUGGCACCAUCGAUCGUGAAGCGAUCAGAAAGGAAGUACGACUUGCUAUGAACAACCAAGCCUGCAGUAUCCACUGCCCCAAGAGCAUCAGGGGAAGACGUGGCAGACCUGGUCAAAGAGGCCCACCCGGCCAUCCAG